GAAUGGCUCCCCGUAAAGUUCGACUACCCGCGCGUCGAGCCGAGCCCGGCGCACUUCAGCGCGCUCAAGCCGAUCCCCUACCGCCCGUUCAAGUGGGGCGACUACCACGUGACCAUGGGCAUCAAGAGCAUGCCCUGGGACGAGUGGAUCGAGCUGGACGACGAGUUCGCGCAGACGCACCGCGUGUGCGAGUACCGCAUCCGGACGCUCGGGGACCGCCUCGUGCGGGUGCACCCCGCGCAGCCGGGGGUCGUCGAGUCGGGGCACGCGGCGGCGGAAGAGUGCAUGUACGAGCUCGCGGAGUACCUCUCACGCAGGCAUCCGGACGUGUAUCGCGUUGCGCGGCAUCCGGUGUCGCAGCGGGAGGACGAGAACGGGUGGUAUGGCGAGGGCAGGAUCAGGACGAUCACCAUCGUACCCUUCCAGGAGACGUAUGACUUGGAGAAGGAGGAGCCGCUGAAGGUUGCACGUUCACUAAUCCAGGAGGACUUUACGAUCAUGGUAGAAGGCUCGGAUGGACGCUACUACCUUCAAGCUGGGGCCGUAGUUAUCGCGGGCUCGUGGAGGCUCUCAGACAAGAUCGGCAUGCCCCUCGAAGACAUCCAUAUCUCCGGCAACGUCCCCCAAUACAAGAGCAAGCUCCAGAUGAGCAUGGACCGCUUCUUCCGCCGGAUGCCGCUCGACAGGCCCGUGGUGCGCAACAACUACAGCUUCCAGCUCGUCGCCGAGCCGUCGAUGCGCCGGCCGCCGCCCGCGCCCGGGUCGCUACUCGACGUCGACCCGGACGAGCUCGCGUGGGCGGUGACGAUGAACGGGGACGAGGAGAACGCGGAGUACGAGCGCGCGAGGCACAUCAGCGACCAGUGCGGCGACGCCCAACCAGACUCAGGAUCCCGCGAGACGCAGGCGCAGGCGCACGGGGAGACGGGGUCGAUGUUCAAGCUGGCGACGGUGGGGUGCGCGGUGACGCCUGCGACGCUGCGGCUGAGGACGGAGCGGCAGACGUUGCGGCGGCUGCCGCGCACAGGGGCGAUCGUGUUCACGAUCCGGGUGUACCAGACGCGGCUGGACGAGCUUGCGAGCGAGCCUGGGGUGCCUGGGCGGGCUGCGAGUGCGAUCCGGAGCUGGCCUGAGGACGUUGCGCGGUACAAGGCUCGCGGGGCGUACGAGGGUAUCUUGCCGUACCUGGACCAGUGCCACGCUGAGCAAGUAGCGAAGGGGAUCGUCGGUGAGGAAGACAGGAAGGCGGACUACCCGUUCUAA